CAAGAUGAGCGUCCGCCGGAAGUUUAAAACUGCCCACCUUUGCGUCAGAUGCAAUCAGUGUUUCCCAGCUGUGUUUAUUAGCGUGGUCCAUGGCAGCAUGGCUCCUAUGUCCCUCCCAUGCCUCCGCUGAAGCCCGCGGUAAGUAGCUGCAGAGGCCCCUGCACCAGAUCUCUGCCCCCGGCUGUCACCAUGGCCAGGAGCGGGUUCUGCGACUCCAAGCCAAUGCUGGACUUGCACAAAAAGGCAGAUGAGAGGAGGGCCCCACUACGAACUUGGGCGAAUGCCUGUGGGUCUAUAGAUCGCUGUCAGCCUGUAGAAGAAGAGUCCAGGACGGCCCCGGUCAAACUGGAGCCAGAGCACAGAUGGGAACGAAGGCUAUCAGCACAAACCAGUGAAAGCAUCCUAAUGGGUUUCCAUGAAGACAGCAGGACAUGCAUGGCUGCGGAGGGCUGUGUAGAGGCUCCAGUGCUGCUAUACCCUCAUGGCCUGCAAGGACUUCACAGCCUCCAUGCUCUGGUUCCCAGUUUACUGAGACUCGAAGUAGAAACGGCGCUUGAGAAACUGGGCCUAUCGGAUCGAACAUAUGCCUGGGAAGUGUUCUUGGAUAUGAUGAAAACUCAAAUGCGAAACUCCCUCCCCAGUGCUGAUCUUUCCCGCCACUUCACUGAUGCCACUCGAGCGAUCCUGGUAGACUGGAUCAUUCGGGUCCAUGAGUUGCUGCAGUUCCAGGAAGAGACCCUCUAUCUGGCAGUACACCUCCUCAACCGCUCCCUUCGACAGCUGAAGGUGACCACAGCCAACCUGCAGCUCCUUGGCAUAAUUUGCCUCUUCCUUGCAGCAAAGAAAGAGGAAAGCCUCCUCCCAGAUGUGGCUGGACUCUGCAGCCUGAUGGACCACACCUACACAAAACGUCAGCUUCUGCGGAUGGAACGCAAAGUUCUGUGUGCGCUCAACUUUGAGGUCUCCCACUGUCCCCCGCUGCACUUCCUCCUCCUGUUCGCCUCUGUGGCUCGCUGUAGUGCUACGGUGGUGUGGGUGGCUCGUUAUCUGCUGGAGCUCUCUCUGCUGGAAGGCCAGUGUGUGGUGUUUCUGCCCGUACAGCUGGCUGGAGCAGCCCUCUGCCUGGCCCGCCAAGUUCUACAGGAGUGUUCAACACCAGAGGGAGAGGCUGCGUGGUGCCUGGCUUCCAGCAUCCACGUUGGCAGUGAGCCUACUCUGCUGAGGAUCAUGCAUAUUCUUGCUGGUGCUGCAGCCAAAGCCAGCACACAAGAGACUUGUGCUACGUUCAUCAAAUUUUCAUCCGCAGAGACAUUACAAGUCAGUAGACACCCAGGUCUAAUUAAUGCUGCAGGUCUGCUGGGUGCCUGCAGUUGACACGUCUGAGUUGCUUCUCUGCUAAGCUCACACUAGGCUGCCAUCACUUGUGAGGAGCUGCAGAGGAGGAGGAACUCACAAGUGUGAAAAAUUCAUACUAAAUGUUGAAAUAUUAACAUGUUGCUUAAAUGGGAUUUAGAUUUAGCCGCGCAUGUGGCAAACUUGUUUUAUUGUCUUAUCUUGCAGCCAAUUUAAAAUACUUGAAUUAUAUUGAAAUGUAUUUGUCUUAUUAAUUGUGGAGAGUGUGUGGGCUGUCUGUCAAGUUCUUUGAAAUAUUUUUAUGUAAAAUAAAGUCUGCUGCAAUGUCUUGAUUCCUUUUUAAUUUUCUUGUGUCUUUGUUUUUUUCUUUUCUUUUUUUUUUUUUUUUUUUUGCUAUGGAUUAGCCCCAGUUUAUUUACUGAUAAAUUGAUACGUGUAAGUUUUAAUUUUUUACUUUUGACAAUUUUCAUGGAUUUGGUUUUCACAGGCCUUGGGUUUUCAUGUCUGAGAAAUAAAACUUGUCUCUUGGUAGAUUGAAGGGGGGGGAAUUGCCCACAGAUAAAACCCUGCUCAUACAUGAAUAGAUUGUCUUCUGUUAAAGUUUUAACUUGUAUUCCUGGUCUGCCUUACAUAAGCCAUUAAAUCACAGGAAAUGCAAUAAAGGCUCUA